AUGGACAAGUUACCGGUAGAGAUCCUAACCAGCAUCAUCGAUCUCCUCGCCCCUCGAGAGAAGGUCCAGUUGCAGUCUGUCUCCAAGAAAUUCUUCGACAUCGCCCGUGAUAAUAACCAAUGGAGACUACAUUGUUAUGAGCAGUCUUGGGCGGCGAGGCAGGUUUCCCGUCGCGCUGCCCGUGCCGAAACGCUGGUCGCGGAGACGGCUUCUUUGGCGACAUUGGGAGAAGACUCGCUGCGGGAUCUCAUUGAGCCUUCGAUCCCGGAAGAUGAUUGCGAGCACACCAGAGUUUCGUGGACGGAAAGGGCGAGGGCAGCGACAGAAUGGGACUCAUCUACUGCGGGAGAGCAUGUCGAUUGGUACUCGGAAUACAUAGCUCGCCAAGGGCCUAUAUCCCUGUCAUGGAUUGAACAACCUGCGGCCCGGGAGGGCGGGGGCAAGCAAGACCGUGCCUACGAGGUCAAAGGCAUGGGUUUGCUGAAGGAUUGGAGUUCAGCAAGACAAAAUAAGAUUGUGGCGCCUCUGGAAGACGGCAGCGUUUGCAUUUGGGAUUUGAACCAUGCACACUGCGCCUCCUCACAGGCGAACAAAGGCAGCAUCCUGGGAAGGAGUGAACCAGGGAUUCUCACGACCAAUUUGUCCGGCCGCCGGGAGUCUGCUGUAUCGAAGACUUCAUUGGAGUUCAUCAACCUUGGCGAAGGAGUCAGCGUGGAUUCGUUACGCCAAAGGGCGUAUCUGGCAAUUGGAAAUGUCCUCAACGAAGUGGACUUGAAUACACUGCGGGUGAUUUCUCAACAGCGAUAUCCGUGGUCAAUCUUCGCUCUGUCCCAGGAGACGGACUAUUCCGUGCCUCUGACACUAGCCACUACCCUUAGUCUUCAAAUCUACGACUCCAGACUAUCUGCCCACGAAGAAGAAGAGGCCAUCAGCUCGCGGUGCGAGCAGGUCAGCGUGUCUGUACCAGAAUUGGGCAUCUUCGCCCACCCCGACUCGCCUCUUUUCCAACUCCAACCCAAUGGACAACCACCUACUCGCAUCCGCAGUCCAGAGCCUUCAGAGAAAGGCGCCAACUACGCUCCGCUCUUCCAACCUGGUCCUCUUUCUAUCCUACAUCCCCCAGCCCCCCACGUGAACAGUAUACUUCUUGCGGGUCGUUUCCCCAGCAUUCUAUGCUAUGAUCGCCGAUUCUUCCCUCGUCUGCAAACAACCGUUCACUCUGGCGGUCGCCUCUGCGGUCUUGCGUCCGUGCCAGGUCCUCGAUUCCCCGUCUUCUCGGACUCUACAUAUCCAGAAUCACAUUGCGUCGUAGCAUGCGGUGACUACAACGGGCGAGGCUCCCUAGAGCUGUACAACCUGAAAUCAGCAGAACAAAACAACCCACCUGAUAUUGCCUCGAAUCUGCAUUCAGAAUACAAAAAUCGCCAAAGCGCAGCCAGCUCAAAACUGCUCUCUGUAGGUUCCCACGGGACCCGAAUUGUCUUCUCGGACGCGGAAGGAAAUAUAAAAUGGACAGAGCGGGAUGGGCGCUCGGAAGUUCGGCGCUGGAAUAUCAAUACCUCUCAACCUCAAAUUCAAUUCGGUGGUCGCCAAGAGCAGCCAAGCGAAGAACCGCGAGGGCUCUGGCCUUCCCAGUCUCCCGGGAGCCAUGAGGUUGCAAGGAAGAUUUUGCCUACGGGUGGGAAUCUGACUGGAGAUGAGCUGCUCGUUUGGACUGGAGAGCGCAUUGGGCGUCUCAAGUUUUCAAUUCCGGCGGAGUUUAAAACAGAAGAGGGUGAUGAUGAUGUCUUUAUGCAUGCCGAGGUGGAUGAGGCGACUCGGGAAGACAUGCGCCAUCGGCGGCGUGAAGAUUGGGAGAGGGAGCAGUAUGGCGAGUCUAUGCGUCGCGCUUUGGAAAGACAGGCCGACGAGGUGCGAUGGAUGAGUAGUCGUGGACUGGGCUAG